AUGCCUUCCGACCCAACCAUCCUCCAACCAGCAGAAAGACACACCCAAGUCCCAAUCCCCCCGCCAAUCACAAAACCACCUCAAUACCCAGAUUACCUCUACUUCGCCUACGGCUCCAACCUCUCCCCAUCUCAAAUGAAAGCCCGCUGCCGUAUAAACCCUACCCACUCCGCCACCCCGGUAGCGAUCGCAAUCCUCCCACAAUGGCGCUGGUUAAUCUGCGAAGCGGGCUACGCAAACGUUCUCCCACCGCCUGGUCGACGCGUCGCGAAUCAAGACUCCGAGACCGCACAGAAGAUCCCUAUUUCUGGGUCCGAAGAUGCGGUCUACGGCGUUCUUUACCAGAUGGAUGUUGGCGAUGAGAGGAUUCUGGAUGGUUAUGAGGGCGUUGAUACAGGUGCUGCUGGUGCGGGAGCUGAGGAUGGUGUGCCCGUGUCGAUCAGGCCUCGAGUGCAGGGAGAUGGGUCUUAUAAUAAGUGGGUUGUUGAGGCGGAUGUUGUGAUGUGGGUUGGAUGGGACGGAGGGGGUUAG